UAAACAUGAUCAACAUGAAGCAUAUGACUGAGAAGAAGAAUCCUUUAUUACAGAAGAAAUCGAUCAAGCGCCACUUGCCUACAGCAGAAGAACUGGGAGGUUGGAAGAUCCUCUGAAAGAGAAUGAAUAUGGAAAAGAUAAAACAGACGUAUCGAAAAUGGUAACAGCAUUAAAACACAGUUUGGAAACAUGGCACAGCAAGACGACAUUCCACAACACACAUCGCUCAGACAACCAUCAAUUCAAGAUUCAGACCAGUAUCUUCAAGAUUUCAGAAUUAACCUGAGUAAUGGUGGCACAGUAGUUGCUCCAAACAUACUAGGAUCCACAAUAGCUGGUGAUGUUACAGUGAAUGUCAAUGUGCAACAGGUGCCACGCUUUACCUCAAUAAACAACAAUGAAACUCUUCAGAGCGUAAAGAAUAAGAUGAAAUCAAGAAUGAUGGAGGACUCUGAGAGGAUUUUGGAGGGAAGCUUACAACAGUCAGUUUCUCUAAAUAAAAUCUACACUCAACUGUUCAUCAUCAAUGACGAGUCAGACCCAAUCAAUAAAGAACACGAGAUCUGGCAGAUUGAGACGACAAAUGAUUUCAACACAUCAGCGCAGACGGUCAUAAACUACAAUGAUAUUCUUAAACCACCCUUGGGUGAAAAUAGGACAAUGAAGAUGGUUUUGACAAAAGGAAUCGCUGGUAUCGGGAAAACAGUCACUGUGCAGAAGUUUGUCAACGACUGGGCGAGCGGAAGAACCAAUCAGGAUCUAGAGUUUGUUUUUCUGCUCCCAUUCCGGGAGAUGAACUUACGUGAGCGAGAAAACCAGAGUCUUCUUGACCUUCUUUGUGCCUUUUACCCAGAAUUCAAAGAGGCGAGACCGAUCUCUGACUGGAUCUGUGAUAGAAACGUUCUGUUCAUCUUAGAUGGUCUGGAUGAAUAUAAAAAUGAGUUGAGCUUUCAAACCGGCAUUUUGUCAGAUGUUGCUAAAGAAGCCAAGCUGGAUGUUCUUCUAGAAAACCUUCUAAGAGGAAAACUGCUUCCAUCCGCACACCUGUGGAUCACCAGCCGGCCUGUGGCAGCUAACCAGCUUCCAUCUGAGAUCUUCAGAUGGGGAUAUGUCACGCAGAUCAGAGGAUUCACAGAUGAACAAAAGGAGGAGUACUUCACGAGGCAGUUUGAGGAUCCAGAUCUAACCCAAACAGUCACCCGUCACCUGAAGUCUCAUAAGAGCCUGUGGAUAUUGUGCCACAUACCUCUCUUUUGUUGGAUUUCAUCAGUUGUUCUGAAAACCAUCAUUAAAAGUCCAAAUAAAGACAGGGACAUGCCCUCGAAUCAGACCGAAAUGUAUAUCCACUAUCUGCUCAUUCAGACUGGGUUAAGCCACAACAAAUAUCAAGGGAAAAACGUGCCACCAGAAGACGCUCUCACAAAGUACAAAGAACUGAUUAAGAAACUGGCGAAAUUGGCAUACUGGGAGCUGAAGAAACAGAAUGCCAUCUUCAAUAAAGAAGACUUGAGGAAAUAUUAUAUCACUCCUGAUGAAGCUCUUCGAUAUCCUGGCAUCAUCACCUGUGUCUCUGAGAGCAAUUUUGGAUAUAACAGGACUAAGUUUUUCAGCUUUGUCCAUCUCAGCGUCCAGGAAUUCUUUGCAGCCUUGUUUGUUUUUCAUGAAUUUUUAUCAGGAAACCAAGACUCCCUGGAAUUAACUAAAGUGAAAAAUAAGGAGAAUUUGUCAGAUUUUCUCAAAAGCGUGAUUGAUAUGGCAGUCGAAAGUAAAAAUGAACACUUGGAUCUUUUUAACUGUUUCCUCUUUGGAAUUUCUUGUGAUUCCAGCAGACGUUUACUCAAAGGAUUCCUGCCUCAUUUGGAAGACAGUAGUUUAGAAGAUCACAAAAAAGUGACCAAGUACAUUAAGUCUUUGAGGAGGAAAGAUCUGUCCCCCGAGAGAUGCUUUAGUCUCGUCCGUUGCAUCGUGGAGCUCAAAGACAGGUCUUUUUUGCAGAUGCCAGAUCUUGAAAGCUUACGGACCACAAAGCCCCUCACACUGUUCCAGUGCACGCUUCUGGCUUUCCGGUUUGUGAUGUCAGAUACAGACCAUGAUGAGUUUGUCCUCAGGAAAUUCAACAUCACUUUAGAAGGAUUUCAGAGAUUCUCUCCAGCCAUUACAUGCUUCAGAAAGGCUAUGCUCAAAGGAAGCGACUUUACAGAGAAACACUGUAAAAUCCUGGUGCCUUUUCUUACCUCGCCAAACUCUCACCUGACUCAUCUUGAUCUGAGCCACAAUAGUCUGGGACUGUCUGCACUGAAUCAACUUUCUAGGGCCUUCUGUGAUCUCAAAUGCCAGAUUCAGAUGCUGAACCUCAGCCACAACAAUCUUCAGAGUCAGGACAUGGAGCUCAUCAAGAAUUUGCUUUCAGGAUCAGAUGUGAAUCUGAAAAUCCUGGACCUCAGUGACAAUAAUAUAGAGGACGAAGGAGUAAAAAUCCUCUCUGCUGGGCUGCGGAGUGCAAAUUGUCAUCUUGAAGUUCUGAAACUCUCAGGCUGUCAGAUUCAAGAAGGAGUUUUGAAGUUGCUGUCAUCUUUGAAAGAAAGUCUGAGAGAACUGGACCUGCAGUAUAAUGUCCUCGGAAAGAUCUUGGAAAAGAAAGUUUGUGUGAAAGUUCGUGUACUGAAGGAUAAGUUGCCCUUACUGAGAAUUUACACUGGAGGAGUCUGCAACCACCAACCAGGACUGUACAAAUAUGCUGUCAUGCUCACCUUUGACCCUCAGACGGCUAACGAAUACCUCUGUCUGAGCGAGGACAACACUGUAGCUGUUCGUAAGAGAGAGAGGCAACAGUUUCCAGCUAGUAAUGAAAGAUUUGACAAGUGCAACCAGGUCCUGUGCUGCCAGCCGCUGUCAGGACGUUGCUUCUUUACGGUGGAUGUGAUCGGGACAGGGGUGAACAUUGGUGUGGCCUGUAAGGGAAUCAAGAGGAAAGGUGCAGAUGACACAGUACGUCUGGGACGCAAUAAGAUGUCAUGGUGUUUAUGUUGCACAAAAACUGUAUGUGUGGCUCAUGACAAAAUAACUGAAUCACUAACUAAACCGCUUCAAACAGAGUCCACCAGAAAACUCGGUGUGUUCAUGGACCGGGAGGCUGGUUCUGUUUCCUUCUAUAAGUUGAGCCCAGACUCAGAGCCUGAACUCUUGCACAUGUUUGAUGCAGAGUUUCCUCAGGACCAGGAACUUUACGCUGCCUUCAGUAUUCAGGAACCAGACAGCUCAGUCCGUUUAAGGCAAGCAUCACUAUAACUAUACCUUUACAGUUAUGGUUUGUGCUCCAGACAUGAAUGAUGCCUCAAAUUAGGAGAGUGUGAUUGUUACAGUAAAAACCUGGCAGACCUACUGAAAGAAGCCUGCUGGGAAAAGCACCUACUGUAGAAGAUCAGCAAGUGUUGAAACAUGACUUCAUCUUUAUUAUUGUGCGCUUUAUAAACUCUAAACCAUAGUGCUAUAGCAUUAUUUUGUCUCAUAUCAGUUAACAUGUCUUUAGUUUUGAAUAUCUCAGUGGAACUGGUUUCAUUUAAUCAAAAAUAGAGUUUUACUAAUUGGAUCUGAUGCAGUUUCUUUGUACUGGGCUGAUUUUUCAAACCUGCCAUCCCAAACCUAUAUGACUUACUUUCUUCUGCGGGACAAUACAAGAAGAUACUUUGAAGACACUUUUUUUCCUCUCUGUACAGUGGAAGUUAAUGGGGUCCAAUUAUUUUUGGCUCCCAACAUUUCUGCAAAGUAUUUUAUUUGAUGUUCCCUAUAAAUUCCACCUGCCUAUUUGAAACCAAAAUGUUAAAUCACAUUUCCGUAAUCAUAUUUAUUUUUUUAUUUUACACUGCUAUUUUCUGUGCAUUACAAGAGUAAGCCCCUUCAAGAAAUAAUGAGCGCAUCAUGCCCCUGCAUGUGCACAUGAAUAAAGUCCUCUUCUCCACUCUGCUGAUCGCUGAAAUCAAGGAAG